AGUAACGUUGCUCUUAGUCGUAGAAGGCUCUUAAACGUCUGCUAUAAAGAUCGUGGCGCCAUGUCUUUAGCAUUUGACGAGUAUGGGCGGCCGUUUAUCAUUCUUAGGGAGCAAGAGAGGAAGUCACGGGUAAAAGGGAUAGAAGCCGUUAAAGCCAGUAUUAUGGCUGCCAAGACUGUGGCGCGAACGUUGCGGUCCAGCCUUGGGCCUAAGGGGAUGGACAAAAUGCUUCAGAGUCCCGAUGGCGACGUAACGAUCACGAACGAUGGCGCUACGAUCCUAGAAAUGAUGGAGGUGGAAAACCAGAUUGGCAAGCUCAUGGUGGAGCUUUCAAAAUCACAGGAUCACGAAAUUGGGGACGGAACGACGGGUGUGGUCGUGCUGGCGGGUGCUCUGCUGGAGCACGCCGAGUCCCUUCUUGACAUGGGGAUGCACCCGCUCCGUAUCGCCGAGGGUUAUGAAAUGGCCUGCAAGGUAGCAACUGAGAAUUUGGACAAGAUAAAAACUCGGUUUGAGUUCAGCAGAGACGACAUCGAGCCCCUCGUGAAGACGUGCAUGACAACCCUCUCCUCAAAAGUCGUGGGACGGCUAAAGCUACAGAUGGCGGAGAUUUGCGUCAAGGCCGUGCUGGCAGUGGCAGACCUGGAGCGGCGGGACGUGAACCUGGACCUGAUUAAGGUGGAGGGCAAGGUCGGCGGCAAGAUGGAGGACACCCGUUUGGUGGAGGGCAUCGUCAUUGACAAGGAGUUUAGCCACCCACAGAUGCCAAAGGAGCUGAGCGACGUCAAGGUGGCUAUCCUCACCUGCCCUUUUGAGCCGCCUAAGCCGAAAACCAAGCACAAGGUGGACAUUGACACGGUGGAGAAGUUCGAAGCGCUGCGCGACGCCGAGCGGACCUAUUUCACGGACAUGGUCCAGCGCUGCAAGGACAGUGGCGCUCAGCUGGUCAUCUGCCAGUGGGGUUUCGAUGACGAGGCCAACCACUUGCUCAUGCACCAGGACCUGCCUGCGGUGCGAUGGGUUGGCGGCGUUGAGAUUGAGCUGCUAGCUAUGGCCACUGGAGCCCGCAUCGUGCCUCGUUUUGAGGAGCUAAGCCAGGACAAGCUAGGAUUCGCUGGUAGCGUGAAGGAGGUGGGUUUUGGCACCACAAAGGAUAAGAUGUUGGUCAUUGAGGGUUGCCCCAACCUCAAGGCCGUCACCAUCUUUGUCCGCGGCGGCAACCGCAUGGUCCUGGACGAGAUUAAGCGGUCGCUGCACGACGCCAUCUGCGUGGCGCGCAACCUGGUGCGUGACAACGCCAUUGUAUACGGUGGCGGCGCUGCGGAAAUCAGCUGCGCGCUGGCGGUGGAGGAGGAGGCGGACAAGGUGACGGGAGUGGAACACUACGCCAUGCGGGCCUUCUCGGACGCGCUGCAGGCGGUGCCGCUGGCCCUGGCAGAGAACAGUGGCUUGCCGCCCAUUGAGAGCCUAACGGCCGUGAAGAAGCGCCAGCUGGAGGAAUCAAACCCCUACCUAGGAAUUGACUGCAACGACGUGGGCACCAACGACAUGCGUGCGCAAAACGUCUUCGAGACGGUCAUUGGGAAAAAGCAGCAAUUGUUCCUCGCAACGCAGGUGUGCAAGAUGAUCUUGAAAAUCGAUGAUGUUAUAAAGCCGUCGGAAUUUGAAUGA